AUGGCUUCACUCAAGUCUCUCAUCAGAGCAACCACCACCAAGCCUUCCUUGUCUCUUUUUAGACACAUUGUGUGCAUAAGCAAUGUCCCUGAAACUGAAAACAAGGCGUAUUCAGGACUCAUAUCCCAUGAUCCUAAGAGCCAGAGAGUGACACUGAUCCAACUGAGGCAGAACCACAGAAAGUCCAAACCCAUCACUAUGGUCACUGCCUAUGAUUACUCAUCGGCAGUGCAUGUAGAUGAGGCUGGUAUUGAUAUUUGCCUUGUUGGGGACUCAGCAUCAAUGGUAGUUCAUGGACACAACACUACACUUCCUGUCACGCUUGAGGAAAUGCUUGUGCAUUGUCGUGCUGUGGCUUGUGGGGCUAAAAGACCUUUUCUUGUUGGAGACUUGCCAUUUGGGACAUAUGAAUCCAGUUCCAAUCAGGCUGUGGAAGCAGCAGUUCGUAUUUUAAAAGAAGGAGAAAUGAAUGCCAUAAAACUAGAAGGAGGGUCUCCUUCAAGAAUUGCUGCAGCAAAAGCUAUUGUUGAAGCUGGAAUAGCUGUGAUGGGGCAUGUAGGGCUUACUCCCCAAGCAAUUAGUGCUUUAGUGGGGUUUAGACCUCAAGGAAAGAAUGUUGCUAGUGCUGUCAAGGUUGUGGAGACAGCAUUGGCUUUGCAAGAAGCAGGGUGCUUUUCUGUUGUUCUAGAAUGUGUCCCUGCGCCAGUUGCGGCAGCAGCAACAGCAGCACUUCAAAUUCCUACAAUUGGAGUCGGAGCUGGUCCCUUUUGCAGUGGACAGGCGCUAGUUUACCAUGAUCUGCUUGGUAUGCUACAACACCCCCAUCAUGCAAAGGUUAAUCCAAAAUUUUGUAAGCAGUAUGCACGUGUUGGAGAUGUCAUCAACAAUGCCUUGUUGAAGUAUAAAGAAGAUGUGAUAAAUGGUUCAUUUCCUGAUGCUGACCAUAGCCCUUACAAAAUCAGUGAAACAGAAGCUGAUGGUUUCUUCAAUGAGUUGCAAAGGUUAGGUUUGGACAAGGCUGCAUCUGCAGCAUCUGAAGCUGUUCAGGAGAUGGAUGCACCAAAAUCUUCGAGAGAAUUACACGUCAUGGCCAUAUAG